AUGGCCUCUCUCGAUCCUAAGGAGCCUACUAACGAAAAGCUCCCGGCUGCCCCCGCCGACGAGGAAGAAGACGACAUUGACGCCUUUAUCGAAGAACUCCAAUCCGAUGCCGGUGACCAAGACGUUUUUGAAGAAGAGGCUGCCGCUGGCCACUCUGCUCGCCCAGUUCCUGAAGAACUCCUCCAGACUGACCCUGCUGUCGGUCUUUCUUCUGAUGAAGUUCAACACAGACGUAAGAAGUUUGGUUGGAAUAAAAUGUCUGAGGAACAAGAAUCCCUCAUUGUUAAGUUUAUCAUGUUCUUUAUCGGUCCCAUUCAGUUUGUCAUGGAGGCUGCCGCUGUUCUUGCUGCCGGUCUUGAAGAUUGGGUCGAUUUCGGUGUCAUUCUCGGUCUUUUGGGUCUUAACGCUGCUGUCGGUUUCAUUCAAGAAUUCCAGGCUGGUUCCAUUGUCGAGGAAUUGAAGAAGACUCUUGCCCUUGGCGCUGUUGUUGUCCGUGAUGGCCGCAUCCAAGAAGUUGCUGCUCCUGAAGUUGUCCCCGGUGAUAUCCUCCAGGUUGAAGAAGGUACCAUUGUCCCCGCUGAUGGCCGCAUUGUCUCUGACGGUGCCUUCCUCCAGGUUGAUCAAUCUGCCAUUACUGGUGAAUCUCUUGCUGUUGAUAAGAGAUGUGGUGAUAACAUGUAUGCUUCUUCUACUGUCAAGCGUGGUGAGGGCUUUGUCAUUAUUACCGCCACUGGUGAUAACACUUUCGUUGGUCGCGCUGCUGCCCUUGUCAACAAGGCCUCUGCUGGUACUGGUCACUUUACUGAAGUUUUGAAUGGUAUUGGUAUCAUUCUCCUUGUUCUCGUCAUUGCUACCCUUCUCGUUGUCUGGACUUCUGCCUUUUACCGUUCUGAUCCUAUUGUCCGUAUUCUCAGAUACACUCUGGCUAUUACCAUUGUUGGUGUCCCCGUCGGUCUCCCCGCUGUCGUUACCACCACCAUGGCUGUCGGUGCUGCCUACCUUGCCAAGAAGCAGGCCAUUGUCCAGAAGCUUUCUGCCAUUGAGUCUCUUGCUGGUGUCGAGAUUCUCUGUUCUGAUAAGACUGGUACCCUUACCAAGAAUAAGCUUACUCUUUCUGAACCCUACACUGUCGACGGUGUUGAGGCUGACGAUCUCAUGCUUACUGCCUGUCUUGCCGCUUCCCGUUCUAAGAAGGGUCUUGAUGCUAUUGAUCGUGCUUUCCUUAAGGCUCUUAAGUUUUACCCCCGUGCCAAGUCUACUCUUACCAAGUACAAGGUUAUUGAGUUCCACCCCUUCGAUCCCGUCUCUAAGAAGGUUGUUGCUGUUGUUGAGUCCCCCGCUGGCGAGCGCAUCACAUGUAUCAAGGGUGCUCCUCUUUUCGUCUUGAAGACUGUCGAGGAAGACCAUGCCAUUCCUGAGGAUGUUUUGAACAAUUACAAGAAUAAGGUUGCUGAGUUUGCUUCUCGUGGUUUCCGUUCCCUUGGUGUUGCCCGCAAGCGUGGUGAAGGCCACUGGGAGAUUCUCGGUAUUAUGCCCUGUUAUGAUCCUCCUCGUCACGAUACUGCCCGCACUGUUAACGAGGCCAAGUCUCUUGGUCUUAAGAUUAAGAUGCUUACUGGUGAUGCCGUUGGUAUUGCUAAGGAAACUUGCCGUCAGCUUGGUCUUGGUACUAACAUUUACGAUGCUGAACGUCUUGGUCUUGGUGGCGGCGGUGACAUGCCUGGUUCUGAGGUUUACGACUUUGUUGAGGCUGCCGAUGGUUUUGCUGAGGUUUUCCCCCAGCACAAGUACAAUGCUGUCGAGAUUCUCCAAAAGCGUGGUUACCUUGUUGCUAUGACUGGUGAUGGUGUUAACGAUGCUCCUUCUCUUAAGAAGGCUGAUACUGGUAUUGCUGUCGAGGGUGCUUCUGAUGCCGCUCGCUCUGCCGCUGAUAUUGUUUUCCUUGCUCCUGGUCUUUCUGCCAUUAUUGAUGCUCUUAAGACUUCCCGCCAGAUUUUCCACCGCAUGUAUGCUUACGUUGUUUACCGUAUUGCUCUUUCCCUCCACUUGGAAAUUUUCCUUGGUCUUUGGAUUGCCAUUUUGGAUGAGUCUUUGGAUAUUAACCUUAUUGUCUUCAUUGCCAUUUUCGCUGAUGUUGCCACUCUUGCUAUUGCCUAUGAUAACGCUCCCUACUCCCCCAAGCCCGUCAAGUGGAAUCUUCCCACUCUCUGGGGUAUGUCUGUCGUUCUCGGUAUUAUUCUUGCUAUUGGCUCUUGGAUUGUCCUUACUACCACCUUUACUCGUGGUGGCGGUAUCAUUCAGAACUUUGGUCACCGUGAUGGUAUUCUUUUCCUCCAGAUUUCCCUUACUGAGAACUGGCUCAUUUUCGUUACCCGUGCCAAUGGUCCUUUCUGGUCUUCCAUUCCUUCUUGGGAGCUUGCUGGUGCCGUUGCCUGCGUCGAUGUCAUUUCUACCAUUUUCUGUGUUUUCGGUUGGUGGUCUAAGGACACCUCCAUGGUUACUGUUGUCCGUGUCUGGAUUUACUCUUUUGGUAUCUUCUGCGUUCUCGGUGGUCUCUACUACCUGAUGCAAGACUCUGUUGCCUUUGACUCUCUUAUGCACGGCAAAGGCAUUAAGGAGAAGCCUCCUCAACGCACUGUCGAGGACUUCCUCGUUGCCAUGCAGCGUGUCUCUACCCAGCACGAGAAGGCUUCUUAA